AUGACGAAAUCCAUCAUAAGAGAAAUGCGCAUCCCGAUAUCAUCCAUCGAAUACCGAACUGACUCCGAAAUCGUGCUUAACCAGAUAAAUUCUUCACAUCACAAGCAUCCAACUUUCGUGGCCAACAGAAUCGGCGAAAUUCUCCGUCACUCUAGUCCCGAGCAGUGGAAAUUCAUAUCUGGUAAGGAUAAUCCGGCCGAUGACUGCACUAGAGGCAUCACCCCUGACUGCUUCAAAUCCAAUAGUCGGUGGCUAACCGGCCCGUCCCAGUCGCAGUUGUCAGCAGCACAAGUUUUGACUGCGUCGCUCAACCAAGCAGAAGAUCCUGACCCAUCCAUAGCACUGUCGGUUUGUGCCCUAGAUUUUUUCUCCCUUCCCGUCAAAACCUCAUUGCCAGCCGUUUCAAAGUUGAUUGCGGAUAGUCAAGAUGGUCUUGCUCCGUUAAAGCGUGAUGUAGCCUUGUCAUUGCGCAAAGGAGCCAAUUUGGAGUUGCCAAUCACUGAUGAUGAAUUAAAGCAAGCAAUGCGGACGUGCAUCAUUGUUGCCGCCGAGGAAGCGUUUCCGGAAGAAAUCAUCGCUCUCAGAAGUGGGAAGCUAAUUCCGAGAGAUUCCGUCCUUCGUAAUGUGAAUCCUUACAUCGAUCCUGCGGACGGGCUAAUGAAGGUGGAUGGCCGUCUUAAACAUGCCAAGCUGCCACAGCACGCGCGACAACCCGUUAUUCUUCCCUCGGAUCAUCGUCUGACCUCGCUGAUUGUUGCUGAUGCUCAUAACGAAAUUAAUCAUGCGGGAGUAGAACACACUCUUUCAAUUGUCAGAAGGAAGUAUUAUUUAACUAAAGGUCGCAGGUCCAUUCGGAAAACCUUGGCGCGUUGCGUAAAAUGUCGACGUAGAUGUGUACAGCCCCGGCCACCCAUCAUGGCCAGUCUUCCUAAGGAAAGACUGCUGCCAUUCGUUCAACCCUUUUCAACAUCUGGUCUCGACUUCUUUGGACCUUUUAACACCGUGAUCGGUCGACGCGCUGAAAAGCGUUAUGGUCUUCUCAUUACGUGCUUUUCAACCCGUGCUAUACACCUGGAAUUAGUGUACUCUCUCUCCGCCGACUCCUUUCUCAUGGCGCUGCGGCGGUUUAUUGCUGAUCGUGGCCACCCUACAACCAUUUAUUCGGACAACGGGACCAAUCUGGUUGCGGGAGAGAAGGAGCUGCGCGAAGGAAUUGUGAACCUCAACUCAAAGCUGGUGACCGAGGAGAUGAUCGAUCGGGGAAUCAAUUGGAAAUUUUCGCCGCCAUCAGGCCCGCAUUUUGGUGGUUCGUGGGAGCGCCUUGUCGGCUCCAGCAAGAAAUCUUUGCGCGCUGUUCUGGAAGAGCGCAGCGUUAAUGACGAGGUGUUGCUGACUGUAUUAAAGGAAGUUGCGUCGCUUCUCAACACUCGCCCUCUCACGCAUGUUUCAAGUGAUCCGUCCGAACCGGAACCGUUAACGCCAAAUCAUUUUAUUCUCGGCUGCCAUCAUCCCCAUUAUCCGCCGGAUGUCGUAGGAGCGUUUUGUGGCUUGACCAGACGACGCUACAGGCAGUCGCAAUUCAUUGUAAAUCAGUAUUGGCGUAGAUGGAUGCGGGAAUACGUUCCGAACCUAAUCGAUCGGAAGAAAUGGAAUCAAGCAACCCCUUCGCUCCGCGUUGGCAACCGAGUGCUCAUCAUGGAUGAGAACACUCGCCGCGGACAAUGUCUUACUGGAACCGUGUCAAAACUAUUCCCAGGAGAAGAUGGUUGCGUCAGACGUGUCUCUGUCAAAACGGCGACUUCUGAAUUAACCCGCCCUGUUGUAAAACUUUGUCUAUUUUCAGAUGCGUAAUCGGCCGGGCGGGACUGUUGUGCAUCGGCACAGGUGAUGAAAGAAAUCGCGAUAUGGCAACGGUGGCGGGGGAGGAGAAGAAAAACCAGCGGGCAGUCGAUCCAGACAUUCCAACGAGGCCGGAACAUUCCGGCGAAUCGAGAGAUUUACGUGCUUAAUUUUGAGUUUAAUCUAAUCGAUUGUAAGGUGCGCGUGUUCCCUUGUACCGUGAUUCCGUAUCGAGAAUACAUAUUCUUCGCUGUCU